GCGCAGAACCCACGGCCCCCCUGGGUGGUGGUCGCGACCGGGGAGGAGUGUCUGGGGUAGGCUUGGGUGGCGACGGCGAGUAGAUGGGUCGCGGGUGAGGCCCGGGUGGCCAGGGGACAGGACCUGGGACCCGCCAGGCCGCCUCUCCAGGCCGCCGUUCCUGGACCACACCUUCCCCUGGUUGCCAGCCCGAUUCCGGCGGCGGAGCGAUGCGCCUAGCCCUGGCAUGGGGUACCCACCUCGCCGCCGCUGCUGAGGGGCGCGAGGCGGGCUGACUGCGCUGCAUCUGCCUGGCCCCCGUGCUAGGCUGGAACGAGACCGAGGGCUGCGCUCUUGUCCCUUUCCCGGCUCGGCGAAUGGCUAACAGUAUGACGGCAGAAGAGACCGUGAAUGUGAAGGAGGUGGAAAUCAUUAAGCUGAUUUUGGACUUCUUGAAUUCAAAGAAGCUUCAUAUUAGUAUGCUGGCCCUUGAGAAGGAAAGUGGAGUCAUAAAUGGCCUAUUUUCAGAUGAUAUGCUUUUCCUGAGGCAGCUAAUUCUCGAUGGUCAAUGGGAUGAAGUUCUUCAGUUCAUUCAGCCUCUAGAAUGUAUGGAAAAAUUUGACAAAAAAAGGUUUCGUUAUAUUAUCCUCAAGCAGAAGUUUCUAGAAGCUUUGUGUGUUAACAAUGCAAUGUCUGCAGAAGAUGAGCCCCAGCAUUUGGAAUUUACCAUGCAAGAAGCUGUCCAGUGUCUGCAUGCCCUAGAAGAGUACUGCCCUUCUAAAGAUGAUUACAGCAAGCUCUGUCUGCUCCUCACUCUGCCUCGUCUGACCAAUCAUGCUGAAUUUAAGGACUGGAAUCCCAGCACUGCACGAGUUCAUUGCUUUGAAGAGGUCUGUGUCAUGGUCGCAGAGUUCAUCCCUGCCGACAGGAAGCUAAGCGAGGCUGGUUUUAAAGCAAGUAACAAUCGCUUAUUCCAGCUCGUAAUGAAGGGCUUACUUUAUGAAUGCUGUGUAGAGUUUUGUCAGAGUAAAGCAACGGGUGAAGAAAUUACAGAAAGUGAAGUACUUCUUGGCAUUGACCUCUUAUGUGGCAACGGUUGUGAUGAUUUAGAUCUGAGUUUAUUAUCUUGGCUUCAGAAUCUCCCUUCUUCAGUCUUUUCUUGUGCAUUUGAACAGAAAAUGCUUAAUAUUCAUGUUGACAAACUCCUGAAACCUACAAAAGCUGCAUAUGCUGAUCUCUUGACUCCUCUUAUCAGCAAGCUUUCUCCUUACCCAUCGUCACCAAUGAGAAGACCUCAGUCAGCUGAUGCCUAUAUGACUCGCUCCCUGAACCCUGCCCUGGAUGGCCUCACGUGUGGAUUAACCAGCCACGAUAAGAGAAUCUCAGAUCUUGGGAACAAAACUUCUCCAAUGUCACACUCCUUUGCUAACUUCCAUUAUCCAGGAGUACAAAACCUUAGCAGAAGCCUCAUGCUUGAGAAUACAGAAUGCCACAGUAUCUAUGAAGAAUCUCCUGAACGAAGCGAUACACCUGUUGAGGCCCAGCCGCCUGUCAGCAGUGAACCCACGUGCCAGGGUUCAGAUUUUGAAAAAGAGUCUGCAAAUGGAGCACAGAAUCCAGUGCCAGCUAAACAAGAAAAAAACGAGCUUCGAGAUUCCACUGAACAAUUUCAAGAAUAUUACAGGCAAAGAUUGCGCUAUCAGCAGCAUUUAGAGCAGAAGGAGCAACAGCGGCAGAUAUACCAGCAGAUGUUACUUGAAGGAGGUGUGAACCAAGAGGACGGUCCUGACCAGCAGCAGAAUCUUACAGAACAAUUCCUUAGUAGGUCUAUUCAAAAGCUUGGUGAAUUAAACAUUGGGAUGGAUAAUCUCGGCAAUGAAGUACCAGUGCCCAACCAACAGUGCACUGGGAGCAAAAGCAGCGAAUCCAAUAGUUCUUCUGUGGCUAGUUUUAGUACUCCACCCCAAGAUUCCAGUCAGAGGUUGAUCCACGAUACUUCACAUAUUCACACAAGCACUCCUCGUAAUCCUGGAUCUACCAAUCACAUCCCCUUUCUUGAAGAGUCGCCCUGUGGAAGCCAGAACUCAUCAGAACAUUCUGUCAUUAAGCCAUCUCUUGGAGAUUCUUCAGGGAAUCUAUCAAGAUCAAAAGGGGACGAGGAUGACAAAUCAAAAAAGCAGUUUGUUUGUAUUAAUACUCUAGAAGACACACAAGCCGUGAGAGCAGUGGCUUUUCAUCCAAGUGGUAAUUUAUAUGCCGUUGGCUCAAACUCAAAAACCCUGAGAGUGUGUGCCUAUCCUGAAAAAAUUGAUCCAAGUGCACAUGACAUGCCUAAGCAGCCAGUGGUACGAUUUAAGAGAAACAAACAUCAUAAAGGAUCCAUUUAUUGUGUGGCUUGGAGUCCUUGUGGACAGUUAUUAGCAACUGGAUCAAAUGACAAAUAUGUAAAAGUGCUGCCCUUCAAUGCAGAGACUUGUAACGCAACAGGACCAGAUCUGGAAUUUAGCAUGCAUGAUGGGACAAUCCGAGAUUUGGCAUUUAUGGAAGGCCCGGAAAGUGGUGGAGCUAUUUUAAUAAGUGCUGGGGCAGGAGAUUGUAACAUUUACACAACAGAUUGUCAAAGAGGACAGGGUCUCCAUGCUUUGAGUGGACACACUGGGCAUAUUUUAGCACUUUAUACCUGGAGUGGCUGGAUGAUUGCAUCUGGUUCCCAGGAUAAGACUGUUAGAUUCUGGGAUCUUCGAGUACCAAGCUGUGUUCGUGUGGUUGGCACAACAUUCCAUGGAACUGGCAGUGCGGUGGCAUCUGUGGCUGUGGAUCCCAGUGGCCGUCUCUUAGCCACAGGUCAAGAAGACUCCAGCUGCAUGCUGUAUGACAUAAGAGGAGGCAGAAUGGUCCAGAGUUACCACCCUCAUUCCAGUGAUGUGCGCUCUGUUCGCUUCUCUCCUGGAGCUCACUACUUGCUAACAGGCUCUUACGAUAUGAAAAUAAAGGUGACAGACCUACAAGGGGACCUCACCAAGCAGCUUCCUCUUAUGGUGGUGGGGGAGCACAAGGACAAAGUGAUCCAGUGCAGAUGGCACACCCAGGAUCUCUCCUUCCUGUCAUCAUCUGCAGACAGAACUGUGACCCUCUGGACUUACAGUGGCUAGAGGCCACCCCAUGUCGGUCUAUGCAGUGAAAGCACAGACUCGAGACUACUGAAUUGUGAGGACUACAGGCCUGAAGAACGUAGACUUUCCAGAAAGACUUUACACAAGGGAGCCCCUUGUUACCAUGUCGUGUUGACAGAAGGUGUUGGGUGGUGGUUUUCAGUCUUCCAUGUGUGUUCAUGCUGCUGUGUAGUCUCCUUGCCAAAGUCUGCAGAAGAGCUCUUAUGUUGGUUUGCACGCCAAGUCAAGGUACAGGAUGUGUUUAUGGUUUAUCAUUAAAUGCACUCUCGGGUUUUGCCCAGAUAACAGUUUUAUACAUACACUGACAUGGAAUUAAUAUUUAAGUACUUGUUACAUAUAAUACACCCAAGUCCUCCCCAGAUGAAACAUAGGUGUUCAGAAGUUACUUUGCUCUUGUCACAAUCCCAUAUUGUAUCACGUGUCUUCUAGAGGUCAGAAUUUGGUAAAUCUCUAAACUUUUACAUGAUUGUCUUUAUAUAGGGGUCAUUAUCGGAGUUCACAGAUGAAAGGAAACCGCUUCUCAGCGCAUUUCUUUUCCUUAACCCAGGGUCUGCUUGCUAAUUUGUCACAUCAUUUUGUUUCAGGCUAAAACAUAACUAUUUUGCUUUGGAAACUUGUUGAUUUCAAUUUUUUGAAUGCACAGAUACCUCCCUUCCAAGUGAUACUGUAGAAGCAGAGCAGCCUCAGCUAGGAGGAACAAUAUCUGAUGGUAGGGUUAAUUUACUGGGUAGCAUUUUCCUCUUCAAAAUUAAAGACUUUGCCAUGACCUUAGCAUGGCUUGAAAAACUGUCUGCAUGAUAAUUUAAAGUGGGGAACUGAAACUUUGCACUCCAGAAACUAACUUGGAUUUUUCUUGCACAGUUUUGUGUAAUGAGGAAUAAUGAUUUUAUUUGUACAGUACUAUAGAUCCUAACAUUUUAUGUAUCUUUAUUUUCAUAUUGUUCAGUAUUUUACUUUAAGUUAUUAAAUAGGCUAUUUUAUUUAUUUCAA